GUCGUAUAUUGUUCUACCGCAGUAGCAUACUUCGUCUUCUAUUACUUCUGCGGAACACUCUUCUUCGAUGUUGUCCAUUUCCUCUUCCACCGAUGCGCUAGAUCACGGUCACGAGCUCUGCGUCAGAUAUCAAAGAUCCAUGCCGUUCACCAUUGGUACUUUGACCGGCACCUCAAAUACAACAGUCGAUACAAGCUUGCCAACGCUUUGACAAACCUUCCACUAGAGCUCUCAUCUCAACUCGUCGGCUCGUGGCUUUCGCAGAAAUGUUUGUCUCCGAUAAUACAACAGGAUGGUCGAGAAUUUGCGAUGACUAUCUUUCAUGUCACCAUGGCCAUCGAAGUCGUCAGGGUCGUUGUUGUGGUUGUUCUCGAAGGCCGGGAUUCCAACCAUAUAUCUUUCAGCACGGUACCUAAAGACAAGGACUGGCUUCUUGUGGGUCCUGAGUAUCAUGCUCUACAGCUGUUCGAUUGGGCUAUGGGGACCUCCUCAACCCUCAAAAACAAACGUAUUGCUAUAAGUGGUGCUCGCGGUGCCUUUGGAGCGGCAUUGAAGAAACAGCUGGAGUCCGAUGGCGUGUCUGUGAUCACGGCGCUUCAAUACAAGGUCGACUUCGAUGAUGAAUCGGUGUCGACAGGCGGGAUCCGGACACUCGCAAAUACCGACAUAUUGAUUCUCGCCCAUGGGUUAAGAUACGGUGAUGUGAUGAAGGCCAACUACGAGACGAGCAGACGUCUAGUGGAAGUGUUUGCUCAGACCCGUAAGUCCCGUACAGAGCGUCGACCCAUCGAACUGCCGGAAGUGUGGUACACGGGCAGUGAGUCGGAGAUGCAUCCGAGUUGGGGAAACGAAUCACUGGCAGCGUAUUCGGUAUCCAAGCGUCGCUUUCUUCCCUUUGCAAAGUCGCUUUACGAAAGCGAAACUGUGGUCUACAGACAUAUCGUCCUUGCAGCAUUCUCGUCCAAGAUGGGGCCAGCUAUCGUGAGCGCGGAUUGGGCUGCAAAGUGCCCCAUGUGGUGGAUCAGGAGGGGCUUCAAAUACGUUCCUGUGACCUACACAGGCAUUGCAUAUGUCCACUUUUUCAAGUUCUUGUUUGGCAUCAAGGCGGAGGUAAAUGGACUGCGAUUUGGGAUUGAGAAAGAAGUGGAGACUGAGGAUUGUGUAGUUCCAUAG